AAACAAACAGGCGAUCAAAAGCUGAGUCCCGAAGAGUUUUCCCGGUUAUCCCUAAUAGUGUACGAACCGGAGGAAGCGUUCAGUGAUAGCGACGAAGAACCCCCCGUCGUAUUCCUCACUCCCCCGGAAUCCAUCACCCGAUUCACCGAUAGGGAGACCAACGAUAAGUCGGAGUCCGGUUUCGAUGACUACAAAGAGAUGCCGGCAUUCAUAUCGACUCCCAAAGAGGAGACAAAAGUAGAUAAAGAAGUGAAGGAAGAGAAGGAAGAGAAGAAAAAAGACGAGAAAAAGACGGAAAGUAAGCCUAAAGUCGAUGAGAAAUCGUUGGAUAGACAGGAGUCGAUAGAGGGCUCGCAUUUCACGGCCGACGACAUGCCGGUGAAGAUCGACGACGAAGACGAUGAAGAGAUGGUGGACGUGAAGGACGAGGACAUACCGGUCGAGAUGGUGGACGACCACCUAUACGACGAUAACCGAUACGAUCUCGAGGACGAUGUCAGGGAACCGCUCGAAGACGACAAGCCGGCUAUGGAUCGCAUGAAUAGUAUCGAGUGA